AAAUAAAUAACGACGAGAGUGUAUACAAUCAGGAAGCUAUCCUUCUCAGCAGUACCACCCUAUCUUUAGCUUGCAAAACUUCAGCUAAACGAUGAAAUGAAACUCGCACCCGCGACUUCCCUCCGAGCACUACACGUGCUAACUUUCUUCAGCCACACGUGUCUCCUCGAGCCUCUACCUCCAACGGUACUCUUCCCCUCUCUUAACACUACACUCAAAAUGCUUCAUUAUAAAUACCAAACGCGUGCCACACAAGUUAACAGAACCAUAACCGCUCACAUGGAAACUCCAAACCACAAAACCGAAACCAAAAUGGAAGAAAAAGACGCCAUUAAAAUUGAGAGCGAGUUUCGAUCAGAGUUUCUGCAAAUGCUCCGUAAGAGACGAGCUCCUCAAGUUCCAUUAACGGUUGAAAUCGCAAAACCAGCUGCGGUUUUUUGGUAUGAGAACAAUCCAAACGAAGAGGAGACUAUGAAAUCUUGUCCAAAGAAAGACAUUGAGAAUUUCAAAGAUUUGCUCAAGGAGGAGAAUCUGUAUUUAAAUAUAGAGGAAGGAGAUCAAGGAAAGUUGCCAUUGUUGAUUUUGAGCUUGAAGGAAAGUGAUAAACAGAUAAAAAGACCCGCGGUUGUUUUCCUUCACGGUUCAAACAAGUGUAAAGAAUAUUUGCGUCCAUUGCUAGAGGCAUUCGCUUCACGGGGAUACAUAGCAAUUUCGGUUGAUUCUCGUUACCAUGGUGAACGAGCGAAGAGCGCCACCACCUAUCGCGAGGCUCUUAUUUCUGCAUGGAAAACCGGAGACACAAUGCCAUUCAUAUAUGACACGGUUUGGGACUUGAUUAAAUUGGCAGAUUAUCUAACACAGAGAGAAGAUAUAGACCCCUCUAGGAUAGGAAUCACAGGAAUAUCACUUGGAGGAAUGCAUGCAUGGUUUGCUGCAGCUGCUGAUACUCGCUAUGCAGUAGUUGCUCCUCUAAUUGGUGUUCAGGGAUUUCGAUGGGCCAUAGACAACGAUAAGUGGCAUGCCCGAGUUGAUAGUAUAAAGCAUGUUUUUGAAGUGGCUCGUGGCGAUUUGGGUAAAAGUGAAAUUGAUAAAGACGUAGUAGAGAAGGUGUGGGACAGGAUUGCUCCUGGUUUAGCUUCCCAUUUUGAUUCCCCCUACUCAAUUCCACCUAUUGCACCCCGUCCUCUGCUUAUUCUCAAUGGAGCAGAAGAUCCUAGGUGUCACCUUGCCGGUUUGGAAACUCUAAGAUUAAAAGUAAGUCAGAUGUAUGCAGAGUUUCAAUGCUCAGAUAAUUUUAAGUUUAUUGCAGAACCUGAAAUCGGGCAUCAAAUAACAAAAUUACAGGUGAAAGAGUUGUCUGAUUGGUUUGACAACUUCCUAAAGCCUAAGCAGCUUGUGCCUGAAUUGUAAAAUGAUAAACAUGUAUCUCAAAAUAAAAGAGAGGGAAAGAGAAAUAAAAGGAAAUAGAAUGGAAGGUCAAGAGCAAUUCAAGGUCGAAGGAAAAAAAUUUCUCUUUCAUUAUAAUCAUUUAUUUUCUUUUAUUGUUUCCUAUAAAAGUAGCGUGUUUCAUUAUAAGCAGUGAGUUACAAUCCAAUUAGAAAAGAGAAAAAUUCUAGUGAGAGAAUUUUGCAAAAAAUAUUUACACGGAAAUAUUUCUUUAUAUGUAAUUGGGUCGUGGAUUUUGUGAUAGUGAUUCACAUUAUGUAUAUUCAUUUUAUAUUAACUUUAGCGCGCUUCUGCAUUAUUUUGUAAUUCCACAAAUAUAAUAAUAUUGAGAGAUUUUCCGUA